CUACUUCGUAAUUGAUGAUCUGUCUUGAUCGCAACCAUCUAUUUUCAUUUCUAACUCUAUAUAUCAACACACGUACACUCAUCAAAUACCAAUAUAGCAACAAACCAAAUUAACCAGUGAGUGAUGGAAUCAAGAAACUUUCUCCGUUUCCUCUUGAUCUUUGUGAGUGCUUGUCUUCUCUUGCUCUUCACCUGGAUUCAUCUUCCCUAUGCUCCGGCACCGCCAUCCGCCACCGAUGGUUUCUUCGACUGCGCCUCCGGUUCUUCUUUGUGCACCUCAAAGAACCGGUUUUUCCAACCCAAAAACAUCAUCAAGAAACCCCCGAAACCCACCAGCCACCGUCAUGAAGCGGAUCUUCCUCGCCACCCUUUAGACCCGUUGACCAUCCAAGAACUGAACAAAGUUCGUAAAAUUUUAAAAUCUCACGAGCUUUUCAAAUCAUAUCCUUUCUCUUUACACUCUGUAGUACUCGACGAGCCAGAAAAACCUCUUGUGCUUAAAUGGCGGAAAGGAGACCCCAUGUUGCCACGAAAAGCAGCCGUCGUGGCACGAGUGGACGGCAAGUCGCACGUGCUCACGGUGGAUUUAGACACAAACGAUGUUUUUGUUCAAGAAAACAAUCCGCUCACUGGUUAUCCGAUGAUGACGGUGGAGGACAUGACUUCAGCGACUUGGGCUCCGCUGGCGAACGCUGACUUCAACCGUACGAUCAUCGAACGUGGAGUUGAUCUUGAAGACUUGGCUUGCUUGCCGCUUUCUUUAGGGUGGUUCGGCGAAAAUGAAGAGAAUCGGAGGUUAAUAAAAGUUCAGUGUUUUUCCAUGAAGGGCACUGCAAAUUUCUACAUGAGACCGAUCGAAGGACUGACCGUUCUACUUGAUAUGGACACUAAAGAAGUGGUGGAGAUUUCCGAUAAAGGCAAGCAUAUUCCGAUACCGUCGGCAGCUAAUACAGAUUAUCGUUAUUCUUCUGUAGAAGCAAAUCAAGAAAUGAAAAUGAUCAAUCCGAUUUCUAUAGAGCAACCAAAAGGACCGAGUUUUACAGUAGAGGACGAGCACAUGGUGAAAUGGGCAAACUGGGAAUUUCAUCUGAAACCCGAUUCAAGAGCUGGAGUGAUCAUUUCUGAUGCUCGGGUUAAGGAUCCGGAUAGUGGAGUGAUGAGGAGCGUUAUGUACAAAGGGUUUACUUCAGAAUUGUUUGUGCCUUAUAUGGACCCUACUGAUGCAUGGUAUUUUAAGACUUAUAUGGAUGCUGGUGAAUAUGGGUUCGGGUUACAAGCUAUGCCACUUGACCCGCUUAAUGACUGUCCCCGGAAUGCCUAUUAUAUGGACGGUGUUUUCCCCGCCGGUGAUGGAACUCCAUAUGUCCGAUCAAAUAUGAUUUGCAUUUUUGAGAGUUAUGCUGGUGAUAUUGGAUGGAGACACGCUGAAAGUCCAAUUACGGGCAUGCAGAUUAGAGAAGUGAGGCCAAAAGUGACGCUUGUGGUUAGAAUGGCAGCAUCAGUAGCAAAUUAUGAUUACAUAGUUGAUUGGGAAUUUCAGACUGAUGGCCUAAUUAGAAUUAAGGUUGGACUUAGUGGAAUUCUGAUGGUGAAAGGCACAUCAUACAAGAACAUGAACCAAGUCCCAGCUGCAAAUCAAGAAAAUCUCUACGGCACUCUUUUAUCAGAAAAUAUCAUCGGCGUCAUUCACGACCACUACGUUACAUUUCACCUUGACAUGGACAUCGAUGGCGCUGCUAAUAAUUCCUUUGUGAACGUAAAUAUCCAACGGCAACAGACUUCAAAUGGAGAAACCCCUAGAAGAAGCUACUUGAAAGCUUCAAGAAAAGUUGCUAAGACGGAAAAAGAUGCUCAAAUUCAGCUCAAGCUUUAUGAUCCUUCGGAGUUUCAUGUGAUUAACCCUAGUAAGAGAACUCGGGUCGGAAACCCGGUCGGGUAUAAGAUUGUUCCGGGUGGUACUGCUGCUAGCUUGCUUGAUCAUGAUGAUCCUCCGCAGAAACGUGGAGCCUUUACUAAUAAUCAAAUAUGGGUUACCCCGUAUAACCGGAGUGAGCAAUGGGCGGGUGGGCUUUUCGUUUAUCAGAGCCAGGGCGAAGAUACUUUGGCAGUUUGGUCUGAUAGGGAUCGUCCAAUCGAGAAUAAAGACAUUGUGGUAUGGUACACAUUGGGAUUUCAUCACAUACCAUGCCAAGAGGAUUUUCCAAUAAUGCCAACAGUAUCAGCCAGCUUUGCUCUAAAGCCUGUCAAUUUCUUUGAGAGCAAUCCUAUUCUUCGGAUCCCACCCAAUGUUGAGAAAGAUUUGCCCGUUUGCAAGCCUUCUGAUGCUACUUGAACCUCCAACUAAUGAUCAAUUAUUGUUGAUAAAAAUAUUUAGCUGCAGUGGGGUCUGUACAAAUUAUUAGUGAUAAUUAGCGUUGAAGAAUAUUAUUUGUCAUUAAUAUUUAUGACUAGAAAUAACCGUGUUUGAGUAUCA